UAAAACAUCACCGCAUCACAAAUUACUUACUCAUUCGCACUUGUUCGAUCUGCAUCUUUCAUCUUCUUUCAAAUUCCAAUUUCCAAAUUUCCAAACAAAAAUGGCACCAAAAGGAGAGAAGAAACCAGCUGAGAAGAAACCUGUAGAGGAGAAGAAAUCCACAAUAGCCGAGAAGACUCCCGCCGAGAAGAAGCCAAAGGCCGGAAAGAAGCUACCUAAGGACGGUGGCGCCGCUGCCGGAGACAAGAAGAAGAAGAGAAACAAGAAGAAUGUGGAAACCUACAAGAUCUACAUCUUCAAGGUUCUGAAACAAGUUCACCCUGACAUUGGUAUCUCAAGCAAGGCCAUGGGUAUAAUGAACAGUUUCAUCAACGAUAUCUUUGAGAAGCUUGCUGCUGAAUCUUCGAGACUUGCGAGGUAUAACAAGAAGCCAACGAUAACUUCGAGGGAGAUUCAGACUGCGGUUAGGCUUGUUCUUCCUGGAGAAUUGGCCAAGCAUGCUGUAUCUGAGGGUACCAAAGCUGUAACCAAGUUCACUAGCGCUUAGAGAUUUUACAGUGUAGUUGUUGUUUAGAGGAUUCAUGUUUAACUUGUAAGGUGAUGUAAUGUGAUCCGGUGGAUCUUUUGUGUAUUCAAAGAAUAGUGGAAUUGACUAUAUUUGGUGUUCA